AUGGCUGCUUGCAAAUCCAUGAGGUUGUUGGAGGUGCAAAAUGUCGUAUUAGGCGACUUUGUGGGAAUAAGGUCACAAAAAUCUGGGAGGAACACGCGUUUGGAAACCAUAGGCAGCCGUCGAGAGGGUGUUCAACAAAAAGUGUUGAUCAGAAGCUCUAGAUGGAAGGGUUCAAGGAGAGGACGAGAAGACGAUGAUGAUCGAAGAAGACGGAGCGAAUUUCGGCACAUCUCGGCAUCAAGUGCGGAUACUACUGAUGACAUCAUGACCGCCCUUGGUCGCGCGUUGCUAUCCACAUCGACGUCCACGACCUCCUUCUCUCCUGCAGUCUUCGCCCGCGAUUUCUGGUCCAACACAGAAGAAAUCCGACUUGACAAGCAUGCGAUAUACAUGGAGAAUCCCCAUCGGAAGGCAGAAUUUUCGCUGACGCCUCAGAAAUGGCCCGUCAGAAUAGAGGGUGCUCUACCAAAGCUCUCACGAGUUACAAUGCACCUUCAUCUCUAUAUACAACGUCUUAGCCGUAGUUCAAAUUCGCAUUUGUUGGAUUGCGCGACCUCGAUACCUUGUUCGUCCAAGAUUUUAAGUCCAGGACAAGAGGUUACACGACAAGCGGGUUGCGAUGCGGAAGAUGUCCCAUAUUGUCGUGUCGAUGAUUGCGGAAGCCUGGCCAACCCCGAUCUCACGCUGCCUUAUUCUGCUCCAGCCACCGAGUUCCCGAACCUGGGGAUCGUCACUGCAGAAGAAAGCGGGGCACUAGAUGGCAAUCAAGGGCGAUCAAUCAUUCGUGAUCCUGCUUUCCUGUUCGCUAGAUUUAAGCCGGACAUUCUUGCGCUUGAUAUAAUCCCUGGAAGUCCGUGCAAUUAUAGCGAUUCCUUGGCAUGGAAUAGCAAUGAGACUCGGUCUGAGACGACGGGGACGGAACUAUGGGCGUCUAAUCGAGGAACAGCAUGGAACACAGUUUUACCUAUUGAUAGCCAGGCUUCUGCGAGACGGGACCUGCUCGGAGUACGACUGAGCUGGUAUCGUGAGACGCUUCGCUUUAAGAAGUCACCACUGAAAGAAGCUGUAUCCCUUCCGCAUCCCAUCCCAGGAUGCCGGACAUGGGAGGUGCCUAAGAUCACGAUGUCCAAUACCUAG